AUGCUGUCAAGGGCAGCUCGGAUCGCGCGCCUGCAGCCCACUGCGGCGCAGCUCUACCGCUCCGUCGCAACACCAGCUGCGAGGAGGCCGCAAUUUCUAGCUUCAUCAUGGAGCAGGGGAUUUGCGCAGGAUAACAACCCGAAAGACGUUUCUCCCGGCAAGCCGAGCGAACAGCAAAAGCUUUCUGAGUCAAGGCCAGAGGAGACAACGGCGUCGUCAAGCCCCGAAUACCAAUCUGCAUACGAGGAAGCUGCCGAAGCAUCAUCCAAGACUUCGUCAACCCAGGCACCCAAAUCCGAUGCCGACAAUGUUGCCGAUAAAACCGAAGCGCCUGAGCCAAGCGUAUAUACCGGACCCCUACCCGAUCUCACACAAGGAAUCCCGUCUACACUAGCAUACGAGAUGUCCGGUGCGACCAGCAAAGCCGCGCUGGCUGCUAUCGCUGAGGAGGAUGCUGUGGCCCAGGGCGGCGGUCGUGGACGUGGAGAUCUUCCUGACUCGGCAUACGUAUCAUCAACAGACAGGAAAAGACAACAGUUUGCGAACCGCAUGUUCCUCGCCUUCGUCGGCUUCGGUGCUGCGGGUGCCGUCUACCUAGGUCGUAAUUGGGAAGAUAAGGCAGACGAGGUUCGGCACGCCGAGGACGCGCCAAACGGCUGGGGAUUCGGCGCUUGGUGGAACAGAGUCACCGCGCGUACGGGCGAUUUCCUGAACUACUACCAAGAGCCUGCUUUUGAGAAGCUGCUACCCGAUCCUGACCCGUCCUUCGAGCGUCCCUACACCCUGUGCAUCAGCUUGGAGGAUAUGCUCGUUCACAGCGAGUGGACUCGUGAGCACGGCUGGAGAGUGGCCAAACGACCCGGUGUCGACUACUUCUUGCGUUACCUGAGCCAGUACUACGAGUUGGUUCUCUUCACCAGCGUUCCUUUCGCCAUUGGCGAGCCGCUUGUUCGAAAGCUCGACCCUUACCGCUUCAUCAUGUGGCCCCUCUAUCGCGAGGCGACCAAAUACAAGGAUGGUGAAGUUGUCAAGGAUUUGUCCUACCUUAACCGCGACCUGUCCAAGGUAAUUAUUAUCGACAGCAGCGACAAGCACGUCCAGAACCAGCCAGAGAACGCCAUCGUUCUUCCCAAGUGGAAGGGCGAGUCCAAGGAUCAGGAGCUUGUCAGCCUUAUUCCCUUCCUCGAGUACAUCCACACGAUGCAAUACAGCGAUGUUCGCAAGGUUCUCAAGUCCUUUGAGGGCAAGCACAUUCCCACCGAAUUUGCGCGCCGCGAGGCGAUUGCGCGUGCCGAGUUUAACAAGCAAGUGGAGGCCAAGAAGAAGAAGGCACCUUCAGGCAUGGGCUUGCUGGGUGGCAUGCUCGGCCUCAAGCCUUCCAACAUGGCCUUAAUGGUUUCCCCCGAUGGUGAGCAGAAUCCUCAUGAGGCUCUCGCACAGGGCAAGAUGCUCCAGGAUAUUGCGCGCGAACGCGGUCAGCGCAACUACGAGAUGCUCGAGAAGGAGAUCCGUGAAAACGGUGAAAAGUGGCUCAAGGAGGAGGCUGCCAUGCAGGAGAAGGCCCAGCAGGAGGCCAUGCAGAGCAUGAUGGGCUCCUUCAGCACGUGGUUCGUCAAGGGCGACGAGGCCAACAAGAAGCAGUAA